GACCCGCGGACCCCGGGGCCGGCGGAAGGCGCGGACAGCGGCACUGGGCGCCCCGGCCCGGCCAGGGGGCACUGGGCCACCGGGCGCGCGGGCCGGGCAGCUCUGCCCGAUUCCCAUGAUGAGUGCUGAGCUCAACGUGCCGGUGGACCCGUCCACCCCCGCGUGCUCGGAGCCGGGCCACAAGGGCAUGGACUACCGGGACUGGGUGCGCCGUAGCUACCUGGAGCUGGUCACCUCCAACCACCACUCGGUGCAGGCGCUGUCCUGGAGGAAGCUAUACCUGAGCAGAGCCAAGCUGAAGGCCUCCAGCCGCACCUCCGCCCUGCUUUCCGGCUUCGCCAUGGUUGCCAUGGUGGAGGUGCAGCUGGAGACGCAGUACCAGUACCCACAGCCGCUGCUCGUGGCCUUUAGCGCCUGUACCACGGUGCUGGUGGCCGUGCACCUGUUCGCGCUCCUCAUCAGCACCUGCAUCCUGCCCAAUGUGGAGGCUGUGAGCAACAUCCACAACCUCAACUCCAUCAGCGAGUCACCGCACGAGCGCAUGCACCCCUACAUCGAGCUGGCCUGGGGCUUCUCCACCGUGCUGGGCAUCCUGCUCUUCCUGGCCGAGGUCGUGCUGCUCUGCUGGAUCAAGUUCCUGCCAGUGGACGCUCGGCGCACGCCAGGCCCCAGCAGCCACGCGGGCUGGCAGGCCGCCCUGGUGUCCACCAUCAUCAUGGUGCCGGUGGGGCUCAUCUUCGUGGUCUUCACCAUCCACUUCUACCGCUCACUGGUGCGCCACAAGACCGAGCGCCACAACCGCGAGAUCGAGGAGCUGCACAAGCUCAAGGUGCAGCUGGAUGGGCAGGAGCGCAGCCUGCAGGUGGUGUGAGUGGAGGGCGGCGCACUGGAGCCCAGACAAGCCUAACGGUGGCCGGUUGCUAGGCGGCCAGUCUCCUUGCCGCUGGUUGCUAAGCAGCCAGCGUCCUGGCUGCUGGUUGCUAGGCAGUCAGCUCCAGACCAAAGUUCACCUACUCAGAGCCCAGCCUGGGUUGGCCCUCAGCACCCAGCUGCCAGGGAACCCGGAGGCCACCUCGGGGUGCUUGGGGGUGGGGAGGAUGGGAGGCUUCCUGGGAUCUGGGGGGUCCUGUCUCUGAAAGGAAAGCACCUGGCAGCCACAGGGCCCAGAGGGUGAAUGAGGUGGUGUCCAGGCCAGCCCUGCAGCAGGGUGCCUCCCAGCCCGGGGAGCCUGGCCCUGGUUAGUC